GCGCCGAGGACGAGAGGGAGGAGGGAGAGGGACGAGGAGAGCAAGAAGAACAGAACAGAAAGAAACACAGAGCACACGGAGAGCAAAAGAGCGAGAGAUGAAAUUCCUCGGAGCCGUCUGCAUCCUUCUCUUCCUGCCUGAUUUCAGCCUCAACAGCAGCUAUGAAGUGCUGGAGAAGAAGCUGAAAGAGGCCUUCACAGAAAGAACAGGGAUUUUACGACAGCUCUCAAAAACGUCGAAGGAGCUGGACAGCAUAAAGGGCAACCUGCAGUCAAUGAAGAAUGAUGACUCAGUGCCCAAAAAGGACGUACAGAGGAUUCUGGAGCUGAGUCACAAACAAAGAGAAGAGAUGAGAUCACUCCAGGCAGCCCUUCAGAAGCAACUGGACGAGGCUGCAGAGCGAGCCGAGAAACAUCAAGCCACGAUCAAGUUCCUGAAGAUGGAGAUGGAGAAAAAGACCAAAAUCAUCAAAGACCUACAGCAGGAGAACAAAAGCUUGAAGAAUAAACUCCUUUCUGGGAAUAAGCUGUGUGAUAUACAUGCAGAAGAGUCUAAAAGAAUCCAGGCCCAACUGAAGGAGCUGAGAUACGGCAAAAAGGAUUUAAUUUUCAAAGGUCAGCAGCUCAUGGACCUGGAGAACAAACUACGAGUGGCCAAAGAGGAACUGGAGAAAGCAGCGCUGGACAAGGAGUCCCAGCUGAGAGCUUUGAAGGACACGGUCCAUAUCUGCUUCUCGUCUGUCCUACAAACCCAGACGGUGGAUUUACACAGACUGCCGGCCACGCCCACUCACUUGAUGCGGUACUCUCCGUUCUUCAAUAACUCAAGAGUCACCUUCAGGGAGCCGCACAUGAAGGACAUCCCAAAAGUUCCCAGAAUCACAACAAGUAAAUCGUCUGUGAACACGGAGCUAAUGAGGAGAGACGGUACAGGAGUCAAGGCCUGCCAGAUGGUAAAGGUGGGUGCUGAAUGUUUCCAGAAUCAAACUGAGAGAACAUCUGUGGAGAAAUCAGACCCACCUGCUCACCACCAGCCGAGGACUCUGGAACACACCGACGAACAGAUGUCCGCAAACAGCAGGAAGACGGAGGGAGGAAAAAAGACACAGCCGGACAAACGCGACUGAGACACGACUCUAAACAACACAGCUGGACAAACGCGACUAAAAGACUAAAAGGCAGAUUUUUUCCGUGUGGUAUCGGUUUUAAUCAGUUUAACUCCCCUGAUCUGUCACUCACAGAGAAUAGAAAGCACACACACACACACACACACACACACACUGAUACACACAGUGUAAGUAUCACUGCUAUUGUAGAGAAGGAUCCCCAAAUGUCCGAGUUUGACCCGAGAUCCAGCAGCUUAGUACAACGGCAUGCACUAUAGACUUUUAGGUUUCACGUUAAUAACGGUACUGGUCUUUUCUUUCUUUCUUUCUUUUUUCUUUUUAAAAAAAAAAAAAAAAAGAAUAAUAAUAAUAAUAAUAAUAAUAACACGUCUGUUAUUUUAUCCUUUUGAGUUUUUUGGGAUUUCUCCAGAGAUUGUAGACAUCUUUUGAUUUGUGGUAUUCGUAGUCGAGAACUUUGUGGACUUGCACCACAGGCCAGAGACACGUUCACUCAAUACACACGCUUCUGAUCGUCUCCGCGCUCGGCCACGGUUCGCCGAAAGUCGAUAAAAGAAGCAAAGAUGCGGAUCUGACGUGACACCGAUUCUGUUUUAAAUUACCCAGUGCUAAAAUUCCUCUUAAAUUAAGCGAGAAGUGAUGAAGAGCGGCGAUAUCAAUGUGAAGAUUUGGUUCUUUUUGUUUGUUUGUUGGUUUGUUUGUUUGUUUGUUUGUGGUGGUGGUAGUUUUCAUUUAAACUCUUCCUUUUCUGUAUUCUGUAUAAGUCUCAGUUAUAAACUGAGUAAAUCGAGUUGGCUGGCCAACUUUGAUCAGUGAACCACCUGAAAGCUUUUGGUGCAAGGAUUUAAAGAGAAAAAGGAAAAAAAUAUAUAUAUAUAAAUAAAAAUAAAAAAUAAAAAACAGACUCACAGUGAGUCGUCUCCCUGAGAAUGAUGUGCCAUGCACUGAGGACUUAAUCUACUGCUACACGUCUCGGUUUCGCUACCUUCCUGUGUCCUUUCAAUAAAACCGUGAUUUUCACUAAAUGUGUGAAUAAAUGAUUCUUUGUGGAGAAAAAAAAAAAAGAAACAAGACUCAUCACUUGUCCAGUAGACCCAUGCGUGUAUCCGCUGUGUGUUCGGUCGACCUUUCCCCGGACGUGAUGUACAGAAUAGAACACUGUGUGUCAUGCUGUUACAGGAAAUGAAUCAAUAACGGGGUGGUGUGAUGAAGCCAGGUGGGUAAAGUAGCCAAUAACACUAUUUAUACAAAUAAUGACUCAAGCAAACGGCGUUAGUGCUGUUUACACACUGAAAUCAAUCAUUUUCCUCUAUCAGCACGUCCCAAAGUGUUUCACUCCUCAUAAACCACAGCAGUGUGCCAGUGAUUCCAGUUUUUAUUUAUUGAAGCGUGACGUGUCGGACUUUAUAUCCAUUUAUAGUUACAUUUAAUGUCGAGAAAUGUCGAGAAAAAAAAAGUUAGUUUCUGUUGUCACUUACGUUAUAGCAGCUAUAAACACUCGCUCCUUCAUCAGCCCUCUCUCUAUUCCCUCUCUCUAUUCUCUCUCUCUAUUCCCUCUCUUUAUUCCCUCUCUCUUUAUUCUCUCUCUCUAUUCUCUCUC